AUGGUGAAGCAGACGAUCCAGAUUUUUGCCCGGGUGAAACCCUUGGGCAAGAGGCAGACCCCCGGGAUAUAUUCAGUUGAUGAAAUUGAGACAUCAGCAUUUGGUCUGGAGAUUAUUGUUCCACGAGAUUUGUCAGAUGGAUUUGUCAAUAACAAACGAGAAAGCUAUAAAUUUAAAUUUCAGAAAGUAUUUGAUCAGGAAUCAAAACAAGAUGACAUUUUUGAAACUAUUGCCAAGCCAGUUGCAGAAUGUGCUCUGUCUGGCUAUAAUGGAACUAUAUUUGCCUAUGGACAAACAGGCAGUGGCAAGACUUUUACAAUCACUGGGGGAGCAGAACGUUACAGUGAUCGGGGGAUAAUUCCACGGACCCUGUCUUACAUAUUUCAGAGGUUGCAAAAGGAUAGCAGUAAGGCAUAUACCACACAUAUUUCUUACUUAGAAAUUUACAAUGAGUGUGGUUAUGAUCUGCUAGAUCCACGGCACGAAGCCUCCAAACUGGAAGACUUACCAAAGGUGACAAUAAUGGAGGAUCCUGAUCAGAACAUUCACCUGAAACAUCUCUCUUUGCAGCAAGCAACCAAUGAAGAAGAAGCUCUGAAUCUGCUUUUCUUAGGUGACACAAACAGGAUGAUUGCAGAGACUCCAAUGAAUCAAGCCUCCACACGUUCACAUUGCAUUUUCACCGUUCAUAUCUCAAGCAAAGAACCAGGAUCAGCAACCAUUCGGCGUUCCAAACUACACUUAGUGGACCUGGCUGGUUCAGAGCGUGUUGGGAAGACUGGAGUUGGAGGCCAGCAACUGACAGAGGCCAAAUACAUAAAUCUGUCUCUACAUUAUUUGGAACAGGUAAUCAUUGCUCUGUCAGAAAAAAACAGAACUCACAUCCCCUACAGAAACUCCAUGAUGACUUCAGUAUUAAGAGACAGCCUGGGUGGGAAUUGCAUGACAACAAUGAUUGCAACGCUCUCAGUAGAAAAAAGGAACAUAGAUGAAUCUAUAUCAACCUGUAGAUUUGCUCAGCGAGUUGCUAUUAUUAAGAAUGAAGCUGUUCUAAAUGAAGAAAUUGAUCCUGGAUUGAUGAUUAUGCGUCUGAAGAAGGAAAUCCAGGAAUUAAAAAAUGAAUUGGCAAUGGUGACUGGUGAACAAAGGCUUGAAGAACUCUUAAAAGAAGAGCUGCUAGAAUUAGAUGAGCAAGUUAAAGAAUUUCUGGAAGAUCCUGAUCCUGAAAGCAUUUUGGAAAUUGGAGCUGACAUGCGGAAGAUCAAAUACUGUUUCAGCCAUUUAAAGAGACUAGUAAAUGAUGCAAAACUUCCUGGCAACCAAUUACUUGGACCAGAUGUUCAGGAAGAUAAAAGUUCUAAUACUGUAAUUGGCAAUGAAGAGUUAAAGAAACUGAAGGAUCUUUUGCAGCAACGAGAUAAUGAAAUAAAUAUUUUAAUAAAUAUGUUAAAGAAAGAAAAAAGGAAAACUCAAGAUGCUCUUCAUCUCAGUGCUUCAUCCAAGGAAAUAUCAGCAACAGAAAGUUCCUUUGAUUUGAAAAACAUGGAGACUGAGCAGAUGUUGCCUGUCAUUUUGGAAACAAAAUCUAAUUCUCACUCGAAAAGCCAAGGUGUGGGAAAAGAAAUGUCACUUGGACGCCAAGAAGCCUUUGAAAUUUUCAAAAGAGAUUAUGUAGAUAGCAUAACUAUUGAAGACAAUAAACAACUCCUUAAACAAAGGUUUGCUGAAGCAAAAUCUCUGGGACAAAAAGUAAAUGAUGUAAGAAAUCAAAUCAAUCAUCUGAAAGAAGAGAUAAUCCAGCGGCACAUGCAAAAGGCAGCACAAGCUCUAAUCAGUCCUCGAGAAAUGAAUCAGCAUGAUCCAGUAGAAGAGGCACUUCGAACACAAAUUGAACAGAAGAAAAUAAGUUAUAAAACAAUGUUUACUCACUUGAAAGGGCUGAAGAUAGAGAUUGAACACUUGCAGCUCCUCAUGGAAAAAGCAAAACUGAAGUUACAAAAAGAUUUUGAAGCUUGGUGGUCUGAGGAAACAAUAAACUUGCAGAGCCAAGAAGAAAAGCCACUUUUGCAGAAUUCAGCCAGUGUUCUAAAGACUCCUCCCUUGUUUUUUGAAAAUCAGCUAUAUCCAGAUACUAUCAGGGUUCCAAAUAACAGCAGAGCCAGCUCCAAUGACGAGUCAACUGUGAAGAGCAGUAUGAGCAGACUCAGCAACUCAAAUUCAGAAAUGAGGAUUUUACCAGAUCCAAGUUCUACCAUCCCCUUCACAGGAGAUCGUCAAACUGAUGCUGAUAUUAUAGCUUUUAUUAGAGCUAGAAAGAACCUCUUACAUAAAAAAGGAUUGGGAGACAAGUAAACCCUGAUUUAUGCAGCAAGGCCUCAUUUUAAAAUUAGACAAAGUAACUGUAACAUUAGGACAAAUGGGAUUGCA